UCACGGAGGAGGGCGUUAAAGAGCAGGGCAGCUGUCGGAGGCCACUUUCUCCCAGGGAAGGAACAGAGCCUGCGCAGCGAUGAUUCCUUCAAGGCCCGGCAUUUAAAGGCAGUGCAUCCCCGGCACCAUGGACCCGGCGUGCGGUGCCAUUGUACACGUGGACUUCCCUGAGAUCACCAGUGCCCUGCUGGAGAACCUGAACCAGCAGCGGGUGGAGGGCAAGCUGUGUGACAUCUCCAUCCACGUGCAGGGCCGGGUGUUCCGGGCCCACCGGGCCGUGCUGGCCGCCUCCUCGCCCUACUUCCACGACCAGGUGCUGCUGAAGAACAUGACGUCCAUCGUGCUGCCCAACGUCAUGGAUCCGGGUGCCUUCGAGACGGUGCUGGGGUCCGCGUAUACCGGCAAGCUGAGCAUGGCCUCAGAUGAGAUCGUCAACUUCCUCACCGUGGGCAGCGUGCUGCAGAUGUGGCACAUCGUGGACAAGUGCACGGAGCUGCUCAAGGAGGGGCGGGGCACCGCCGGCCCCUCGCCUUCCUCCUCCUUCCGUGCCCACUCCAGCCGCACCAGCGAGAACCAGUCACCCAGCAGCAGUAACUACUUCAGCCCCCGGGAGACGGGUGAGGGGCCGGAGCACGGGCCUGCCAAGUAUGCACUGCGAGGGGCGGCGGGUGGCAUAGAGCGGGACGGAUCGGAGGGGCCAGACGAGGAGGUGAUCUUCCAGGCCGAGAAGGGUCCCUCCCGCUGCCCCGAGCCCUUCUCCGGCGGCAGCAAGUUCAUCCUGGAGACGGAUGAUGACGUGAGUGACAGCGGCGGGGAUGGGGGCAGUGGUGGGGGCGGGGGGCGGCGCCCAGCCUAUGUGCAGCCUAGCAUCAUGCCCCAGAAGCAGUGGGUGUACAUCAAGAAGGAGCGGUCCCAGGAGGACUUGGUGCUGACAUGCGAGGAGGACGAGGACCCGGUGGAGGUGGGGCCGGCCCCCGGUGAGCCCCCCCUCAGCAUCAGUGAUGUGCGUACGCUGACCGAGCCCUCUGGGGCCAAGCUGGAGGAGCAGGUCAACUUCUGCGAGUCCUCAGAGGACUUCCCCUCGCCCUACGAGGGGCUGGAGGAGGGGCCGGGUGGCGGCGGCAGCUUUGCCCAGCGCUCCCUCAUGCCCAUGGACAUGCAGGGCAACCAGAUCCUGGUCUUCCCCCCGCAGGCCCCCGUGGAGCACGGGGCUGUGCAGCUGGCAGCCGGCUCGGGCGAUGGCAACAAGAUCUUCAUGUGUCACUGUGGCAAGGCCUUCUCCCACAAGAGCAUGCGUGACCGGCAUGUCAACAUGCACCUCAACCUGCGCCCCUUCGACUGCCCCGUCUGCAACAAGAAGUUCAAGAUGAAGCACCACCUGACCGAGCACAUGAAGACGCACACCGGCCUCAAGCCCUACGAGUGCGACGUCUGCGCCAAGAAGUUCAUGUGGCGAGACAGCUUCAUGCGCCACAAGGGGCACUGCGAGCGGCGCCACCGCCUGGCCGGGGCGGGCGGGGGACCCAAGAAGGAGCCCGUGGUGGCAGGCGGAGCAGGGGAGGGUGACUGGGCGGUGCUACGGGAGUCCCAGGCUGCCGGGAGGUCUCCGCGCAGUGAACUGGGCUUCGGCGGGGGGAGCGGGGCGAAGAUGUGAAGUGGGGGAGCAGGUGGCGGAUGGCCUCCCCCGCCCUGCACAUGGACACCCCCUCCUCCCUGACAGACCCUGGGGCACAGACAUGCCACCCCCAUCCCAGAUGCACAGACUCGCCAGUUACUGGAUUCCCCACCUGGAGCGGCCCGGUCUUCCCAGGAUGCUGUGGGGCAGGGAGGGGGGAGCCGAGGAGCCAGGACACUCUCGGGGUGGGGUGAGACAGGAAGCAGUGAUGAUUGUACAGACUGAAGUCUCUGUCGGGGUCCCGGAGAGUGAAUUCUGUGCCCGCACCCCCCCUUCCGGGGCCAGGUGGGGGCUGGAUUCCUGGGCCGUGGCGUUGUGGGUCCAUAGCUGUGUACCCUCGGGGGGCCUGGACUCCUGGGUCCCUGAGGGACUCUUAACACUAGCCCACCCCCCCUUGCUGGGUGGGGGGCACCUCCCUCGCCCAUGAUGGGCUAAGGAGACUGGGGUGGGGGGGUGUUUGUGAGGUGUGGUCCCUCUGUGCUGUGUGUAGCAGGCUGACCUGUGGGUCGGUGAGUCUGUCCUGUCCCUGUCUCUGUCUGUCUGUGAUUCACUUUGGCUUUCUCGUAUGUGUAAUGACUGAUGCUGAGCUGGAACCUGCAGCCCCCCUGCUCUAUCCCUUCUGGAGGAUGGGGCAACCCCCACUCUCCUCAGACCACCCUCACCCCUCCUCCCCGGGCCAGUGCCCCCUGGACCCCAAUUUAUGGCCAAAGGGCUAGUGUGAUCCUUGGAGGUACAAAGAGGGCAGUUGUGGGCAGGACGUGAUUUUACCUUGUACCUGGCCCUGGGGCAGCCACCACUGGGCUCCAGUGCCCAGGUCUGGGGCCCGCGCUCCCGCACAGGUGGGGAUAUGUUGGAGAGGGGCUGGAGGAGAGCCCCACAAAUGCUGAAAGGUGCAGGGAACAGGCCUUGCAGAGAUGACGAAGGGGUGACUGGAUCCCCACCUGGGAACAGAGCUGUGAUGCAAGGGCCCUUUGGCCCAGCAGCUGGAGUCUGGAGACCAGGGAGGGGAAUGAGGCUGGGAGCAGCUGCCAAGGGGGGCGUGUUCCGACCAGGAUGGGAUGGCUGAGAGAGCUGCUCCAGUGCCGGGUGGGUCGCUGGGCUGUGUUCUGCGGGGGGGCAGGUGAGACCUGGCCUGGGGAUCUAUGAAUAUCCCCUCCUGGGGGCAGGGCCAGUGUCCCUUUGCCCUAUAGUAGGGGUGGGGUCCCCUGCGCCUCUGUCCUCCUCCCCUCCCCACCCAGUCCCUCUCUGGGACAGCACCCCCCCCCUUCCAUCCCAACUUCCCUCAGGACAGCAUCCUCUGCUCCCUUUCCUCCAUCUCUCCCCUCCCUGGACAACACCCCUCUAUAUCCCCCCUCCAGGGACUGCUCCCCCUUCCUCCUUGGUACAACACCCUCCCCCCACUCCCUAAGCACAGAGCUAACCUGAAUAUAGGUACGACGCCCCCCCUUCCCUGCCAAGGGCUGGGGGUGAAUGACCCCCGGCCCCACUGGGGGGCAUUCCAGGGGGAAGUGCAGGCCCCAGUGAUAGGAGCACCUGAUGUUUGGUGUGUGAUGUAGUAAUUCCCCCAUUAAAAACUGAACAGGGGCAUAGGGAUCCCUCUAAUGCACGGCACCCCCCACCCCAAUGCUGGGCUAGUGGGGGAAGUCACUGGAUUGGGCCUUAGGACUCCUGGGUUCUCUCCUUGGUGCUGGGAGGGGAGU